CAUCAGACGAUUCAGCCAUCUCAGACCUCUCCCCAGACACAGAGUCCUGUCCCAAGACAGACCCCUCUACCAAGACAGACCCCUCUACCAAGACAGACCCCUCUACCAAGACAGACCCCUCUACCAAGACAGACCCCUUCACCAAGGCAGACCCCUCUACCAAGACAGACCCCUCCACCAAGACAGACCCCUCCACCAAGACAGACCCCUCCACCAAGACAGACCCCUCUACCAAGACAGACCCCUCCACCAAGACAGACCCUCCACCAAGGCAGACCCCUCUACCAAGACAGACCCCUCCACCAAGACAGACCCCUCCACCAAGACAGACCCCUCCACCAAGACAGACCCCUCCACCAAGACAGACCCCUCCACCAAGACAGACCCCUCCACCAAGACAGACCCCUCCACCAAGACAGACCCUCCACCAAGACAGACCCCUCCACCAAGGCAGACCCCACUACCAAGACAGACCCCUCCACCAAGACAGACCCCUCUACCAAGACAGAUGCUAGACCAGGCACCCCUGGGUCUGGCACCAGCCCCCAUCCCAAAAAAGGAGAUGGGUUGACGACAGAGCAACGACAGAAGCUGGCUAAGGAGCGGAGGGAGGAGAGGGCCAAAUACAUUGAACAGCAAACUCAGCUGCAAGCGACUAAGAAGGCCCAGUGGCUGGAGAAGGAGGAGAAGGCGAGGCGUCUGAGGGAGAGCCAGCUGGAGGAACGUAGGAGGAGGCUGGAGGACCAGAGACUGAAGCUUGAGAAACGCAGAGCCCUCCUGGAAGAGAAACAGAGGCAGAAACUAGAGAAGAACAAGGAGCGAUACGAGGCGGCCAUCAGGAAGUCAACCAAAAAGACUUGGGCUGAGAUCCGUCAGCAGAGAUGGUCCUGGGCUGGAGGCCUCAACCAGACCUCGCGCCGACAAAGCAGAUGUUCGGCCUCCACUGUCAACUUACCGAGACAGGUGGACCCUGUCAUUAACAACAGGCUGUCCAAGUCUUCUGCAACCCUCUGGAACUCCCCCAACAGAACUCGCAGUCUGCGUCUUAGUCCGUGGGAGAGCCGCAUCGUGGAGCGGCUCAUGACACCCACCCUGUCCUUCCUGGCCCGUAGCCGCAGCGCCGUGACCCUGCUCAACAAUAGCGACUCCCGGGACCCCUACUCUCACCACUGCUCCCGUUCAGCCUCCGCCAGCCCCCUGGACGCCUGCUCCCACCACCACCCUCACCGGGACUCCUCCGAACGCUGGAGGGGAGGAGUGUCCGCCAGCACUCCCGACAUCACACAGCGCCAACACCGACGGAACUCAACGCUGUUGGAUAAGAAGAAGAAAGAGAAGAAAGACAAGGAGAGGGAGAAUGAAAAAGGGAAAGUUCUGAAGAAGUUGCCAAUACCGACCAGAUCCAGGCCGAAGUUCAGCAGUACCCCAAAACCCCAAAACCGACCUCCAUCACCUGUGGCCCCCAAAAGCAAACUGUUGUCCCCCUGCCCUCCAAUGGCUCCUAAGACCCCCUCCACGGGCAAGAAGAUCCCCACAGGCACCAAGACCCGCCCCAAAAGAGCCCAGACCCCUGUCAGGGUACAGCUUCAGCCGGUCACUGUGGAAACUAACAACGAGCCCCAUCAGCCAGACACUCCUGAGGAGACAAAGAGCUCCAGUAAUGUUCCUGCUAUAAUGGUGUCUUCAGCGCCGGCGACACAAACAUCUCUUAGUGCACCAGUCACAGUGGCCGCCUCUACCCAAUCCUCAAACCUACAGCUGACUGCCUCUGCUGCCUCAACUCCCACAACUGCCUCCUCUGCUGCCUCAUCUUCCCCGGCUGCCUCAUCUACUGCUGCCACUCUGGCUUCCAGGCCCUCAGCCGGCACCAACGACCCAGAGGAAGCAGCUCGAGUGCUGGCUGAGAAACGCAGACAGGCCCGGGAGCAACGGGAGAGAGAGGAGCAGGAGCGCCUGGAGCAGGAGGAGAGGAAACGGAUUGCUCGUGAGGAGGGCAUGGCUCGGCAGGCGGAGGAGAGGAGGCGCAGGGAGGAGGAGGCACGCCUCAUGGCGAAGGAGCAGCUUCUGAGAGACGAGGCCCAGCGCCUGGAGGAGGAGAAGGGGGCGAAGGAGAAAGCCAAGGCGGAACAGGAGGAGAACCAACGCCUGCAGAAACAGAGGGAGGAGGCCGAGGUCAAAGCUCGUGAGGAGGCGGAGCGUCAGCGCCUGGAGAGAGAGAAGCACUUCCAGAAGGAGGAACAGGCGCGCCUGGAGAGAAAGAAGCGCCUUGAGGAGAUCAUGAAGAGAACUCGUAAAAGUACUGAUGCUGGAGAAAAGGCAAUUGAUACUUCACUGCCGAAUGAGUCUAAUUCCCCAGCACAGGUCAACGGCAAAGAUAGUACGAAGAACAUUAAAGCUCCUAAAAUGCAGCAGAUUGAAGCAGAAUCCAGCCCUGUGCUGAAUGUUGUCCGGCCAGCCAUGCACCAGAAUGGCCUCUCAGCCAACGGGAAGGCAGCUGACUUUGAGCAGAUCAUCCAGCUGUCCAAUCACAGCAGGAGCAGCAACAGUGGGCCGGGAAAACCGGGGAGUGGCAUCGUCAGCGACCCAAUCCUGGCCUUCGAGGGAGGAGAUCCCUUCCUGAUGAAAACGGGUUCCAUGAAGCCUCAGCAUGCUGCAGAAGUUCUCUGAGACACCAGGCUUCCACACGCUUCCACUGGUUGAUGUAGUUGAUUGUGUGCCACACACUGCAACAGCUUCUAAAGGAAGUGUGUCAAACAAAGAAACAAACUGUGGACUAAACUUUUAAAUCGCUUAAAAACAUCAAAUUCCACAGAGGUCCUGAGGGAGGAAGAAAACUCUGCGAAGAAAGAAAAAAAAAAAUGGUCUGUCUUCUCGGCAUGUUUUGGUGCAACAUACGUUGGGUUUUGUUGAAAAUGUCAAAUGGAGAUUUUAUGGUGCACCUUUAAAAUGGCUGACAAUGUAAUAUGAGGAGUUUUAGAGCAUUGUAAGACCUGGAAAUAUACAGUAUUUGACUACGGUUAUUAUUAUCAUUGUUGUUAUGCUAUUGCUGUUGUUGUCUUAAAGUUGAACAAAGUGUGUGUUUGUUAGUCUUGGAAUAAUUGGGUUAUUUAACUAGGGGAGGAAGCAGUGAGAGGAUGCUGUCAGGGGAAGCUGUGGGAUAAAGCUUAAUGAACGGGAGAAGAUGUCUCUUUCUUUCUGUAUGGUAUGUCUGUCUGUCUGCGUGUAUGUCUGUCUCUGCCUGUCCCUGUCUGUCUGUCUGCCUCUCAUUUAACUAAGAUAUGAUAUAGACUAAAGAGUAAGUUUGAUCCGUGUGGACAUCGACUCUAGUGCGUUAACAUCUGACAUGUCUGUCAUAACUUCAUGUUUCACCUGAGACAGUCUUAAAGUUUCUCUGGCUCGUU